AUGAAAGACACUGAGAUAUUAUCUGAAGAACCUGUUUUAGGCGCCCGGCUUCCAAACUUUGAGAACAAGCACAAAAAUUCAAUGUCUAACGGCGGUCUCUGCGAGACUCACACCGAGGAGCUAAACGGAUUCGAGAACAGCUCUAAUAGUAAUUAUGAGGAUCAAGAUCAUGUUGCAGAGCAAAUAAUCACUCCAAAUCACAUAAUUGACAACUACGAUGGGACUAGCAAUGUGACUAAAAGGCUUUCUGGCUGGUUUAGCUCUCUUUGGAGCCCUGCUAAUGGGGAUGUGGCUGAAAAAGAUCCAAUAAUUGAGGAAUGUGGUGCGGAAAGUGGCGUAGAACCUGUUGACCUAUCGACUAAAGACGAUUCGAUUUGGUUGUUGGGUGUUCGAUACAAGAUCAAAAAGGAUCAUACGUCAAAUGAAUCUGAUGAACCAUCAAAUUAUUACACAACACCGGGAAGUUUUCCCCACCUUUCGAUGCAACAACAGACAUUAACACAAUCUGACUAUCCCGAAGAAUUUUACCAGGAUUUUAUUUCAAGAAUAUGGUGUACAUAUAGAAGCAAGUAUGCCGCGAUCAAACCGACGAAUUUCACAAGUGAUGCGGGUUGGGGAUGCAUGUUGAGAUCAGGGCAAUCAUUGCUCGCCAAUUCACUGAUAUUACAAUUUCUGGGUCGAGACUGGCGAAGGGUUCACAAGGGGGAUGACACCUGGGAUAAAUAUGUAAAGAUCCUUACAUGGUUUAUAGACGAUAUGUCAUCUCAAUGUCCAUUUUCUGUUCACCGUAUGGCACUCUUAGGGAAGCAAUUAGGAAAAAAUAUUGGUGAAUGGUUCGGACCUUCAACUGCCUCUCAGACCAUCAAGUACGUAAUUACGGAUGUUCUCAGUGAUCCUCUGGCGGCUCUUGUGGAAGACUUUCCAUCCGCUCAAUUAAGCGUUUAUGUAACAACGGACACCGUAGUUUACAAAAACGACAUUUACAAGGGAGAGAAAGGAAACUUUAAGUCAGUCUUAAUUCUUGUGGCUAUUCGGUUAGGAAUAGACAAUAUAAAUCCAAUAUAUUAUGAUGCUCUCAAAGCCUGUUUCAAAUUUCCACAGAGUGUUGGAAUAGCGGGAGGCAAGCCUUCAUCAUCAUAUUAUUUUAUUGGAACACAAGCCGAUGAUUUGUUUUAUCUUGAUCCACAUCAUUCACGGCCCGCAAUAGAGUUGAAAGAUGCAGACGAACUUUCUGAAGAAGAAUUAUCAACCUAUCACUGUGACACGUUGCGUAAGAUACACAUUUCACAACUGGAUCCUUCUAUGCUCCUGGGUUUUUAUUGUAAAACGAGUGAUGAUUUUGAUGAUUUAUGUGUACGAGUAGAGGAGGUCAACAAGAAGUAUAAACCAGUGUUUACAAUUGCUCAAGAGGCACCAAUUUAUAAAGAUGAAGACUACGAUAUGGAUGUGUUUUCCGAAGAUGACGAGUUUGAAAAAUUUGAGAAUGAUAGCGCAGUGCAGGAAGACGAUGUGGAUGAUAUCGAUUGA